GAGGAAGAAAUGCAGAGCGGCAUCUGUAGUCACCUGUGUGAUGUAAUCAAUGCAGGGGGUUAAAACGUGUCACAGGCGACCAACUGACUCAAAACACUGAACCAAAUCACGCGCAACACCGCAGCCAAGCGCCACACAAUAGAGACAGAGAACAAUAGCCGCGCACUGUUUUAUUCACAAUAUCUGAUUCACUUUAAUACAGUAAUCAGCGGGGCCUAUAUCCCGCGGAAGGUUAUAGCAUUCGGUCGAUUUAAAGCACUGCGCUUCAGUUUAAAUUAAGCCAUUUUAUGUGUUUUGAAGCCCCCCGGGAAGAAGAGAAGAGGAACACGUUGUAACGUGCGGAGCGGAGGGGAGAGAGAUAGACUCACACAGGGAGGGAGGGAGCGAGGAGUGAAUGGGCACGACUCAGGCAGUAGCACUGCGCCCUUCACUUUAUCGAUAUCGAUCAGUUUGGUAAUCGAGACAUCUAGACCCUCAGUGGGUCCAUUGGACUAGCCCGGGAGCUAGCCGCAACACCAAAAGACAGAAGCUAACACGAUGGGACGCAUGUGAAGCAGACCGGGAGCUAACAGCAGCCUGGCAGAGAAAGAGACAAGGAAGCGGACGGCUAGCUACGCUAAACCGAAGCUAACGUUUGCUAACUGUUGGCUAAUAUUAUUUCUAAUGAGCAACCAACGAGUAUGCGACCUGAUACGAAGAGCUGACUUGUUCGGGGAUGUCGGGCAGUAAGGCGCUGGGCGGGGGGGCUGGCGGGGGGGCGAGGCGCAGGCGGACGCGGUGCCGGCGCUGCCAGGCCUGCAUGAGGACCGAGUGUGGCGAGUGUCACUUCUGUAAGGACAUGAAGAAGUUCGGAGGGCCCGGCCGGAUGAAGCAGUCCUGCCUUUUGAGACAGUGCACAGCGCCGGUGUUGCCCCACACGGCGGUUUGUUUUGCGUGCGGCGAGGCGGGGAAGGAGGACACAGUGGACUCUGAGGAGGAGAAGUUCAGCCUCUCGCUGAUGGAGUGCACCAUCUGCAACGAAAUCAUCCACCCCAGCUGUCUGAAGAUGGGCAAAGCUGAAGGAAUCAUCAACGAUGAGAUCCCAAACUGCUGGGAGUGUCCAAAGUGCCACAAGGAGGGCAAAACCAGUAAGGACCAGACGGACGGCUCAGGGAAACGCAGGCUGGAUAACGGGGAGGUGGGCCGCUGGAAGCUCACAGAUGACCCGCCCCCGAAAAAGAAAGCCCCUUCCUCACUGGAGGAGGUGGGGAGGACGGAGGCGGGCCACAAGAGGAAGAAGGAGAAGGAGGUGCCUCCGGACAGUGGGCCCAAGAAGAAGGUGAAGGGCGCCCAUGAAAAACGCCUCAAAAAGAAACCCAAACAGGAGGCGGUGGAGUCAAACGGCCCCAACUCCUCAGCGGGAGGAGGAGCAGGAGGACUGCAGGGCUCCUCCACAACUGCUUCCUCUCAGUCUGGGGGAGGAGGAGGAGGUGCAGUGGGGGCGUCGAGUGCAGACCAGCGCUCCCAUCACAGAGAGAAAUUGGAGCGAUUUAAGAGGAUGUGUCUGCUGGAGCGUCGGCCCGAGUCCUCAUCUUCGUCCUCUUCCAGCUCCGAGUCUGACUCCGAGUCUGACUCUGACGACUCCCUGAGGGGCGAGCAGGCGGGGGGAGGCUCCUCACCUUCUUCAUCCUCCCCAGUCCCUCCUCCACCCGUCAUCUACGGAAACAGCAGCGGGGGACGGACGGAGAGAGAGAGGAGUCGCAGUGAGCGGGAGAGAGAGAGGGAUCGGGAGCGCCGCCUGGCCGAGUUGGGCUUCAGCGCCAGCGAGGAGUCCGAGGGGGAGGGAGGCAGGGGCGAGGAGGAGGUGCAAGACGAAGAGCAGGGAGGAGGGGAGAAGGCUCGACGGAGAGGGGGGGGAGGAGAGGCGGGGUUACCUCCGCGAGGACGGAAAGGAGGACUGCUGGAUGGAGAGGAGGAGGACACACCCACCUCUGACAGGACCAGGAAAACCUCUGCCACCCUCCCCCCGCCUUCACCCCUCUCCUCCAAUCAGAUGCCGCCGUCUUCACAGCACGAUGGCUUCACAGGGAAGCAGCGCAGCAAUGGGCAGGAAGCGCGCAACGGACGGACACGAGGAGGGUCAGGGGGAGGGAGGGAGGGCGGGGAGAAGGAGAAUGCCAGCGGAGUUAUGACCAAUCACAGACAUAGCGGGGGAGGAGGGGGCGGGACCAAAGGUACUGGGAGCCGCAGCAACAAGAUUCGUAGCAACAGUAAGAACCAGACGUCUAGAAACAACAGCACCUCCUCCUCCUCCAUCUCCACCUCUAACGGAGGAGGAGGGGGCGGAGGACCGGGAGGAGGUGGCCUGAUGAUGUCUGCCAUGGCGGCGUCUCCCUGCUCGCAGCCAUCCCGCAUCGCCCCACGCUCUCAGAUGAUGAAGCGCAGCCCGCCCGCCGUGCCCUCGCCCCCCCGGCCCGUUCAGAUGGAGAGACACCUGGUGCGCCCCCCCCCCACCUGCCCUGAGCCCAGCUGCCUGCCGCUGGACUCUGGCUCCUCCCACAUCAUGACACGUGACGUGUGGCUCAGAGUGUUCACUCACCUGAGCCAGAGAGAGUUGUGUGUCUGCAUGAGGGUGUGCCGCACCUGGAGCCGCUGGUGUUGUGACAAAAGGUUGUGGACUCAGAUCGAUCUGAGCCGGCAGAGGUCCAUCACCCCCCCCAUGCUGAGUGGUAUCAUCCGCCGACAGCCCGUCUCCCUCAACCUGGGUUACACCAACAUCUCCAAGAAACAGUUAAUGUGGCUCAUCAACCGCCUCCAAGGUCUGUUGGAGCUGAACGUGUCUGGCUGUCCGUGGCCGGUGGUCUCUGCUCUUUGCCAGGCCGUCUGUCCCUGUCUGAAGCUGCUGGACGUCAGCAGGGUGGAGGACCUGAAAGAUUCGCAGCUCAGAGAGCUGCUGGCGCCCCCACCUGACACCCGGACAGCUCACGGUGAGACCAGAGUGGGGCGUUUCCAGAACGUGACGGAGCUGCGAUUGGCCGGUUUGGACCUGACGGACGCGUCGUCCCGUCUGUUGGUGCGCUACGUCCCUCACCUGACCAGGUUAGACCUGAGCCAAUGUGGGAACAUCACAGACCAGACGGUGCACACCCUCACCUCCCCCAUCUCCCCCCUGAGAGAGAGCCUCACCCACAUCAACCUGGCAGGUUGUGUGAAGGUGACGGAGCAGUGCCUCCCGUUGCUGCGUCGCUGCACCUCCCUGCAGACGGUGGACCUGCGUUCCUGCUCCCUCCUCUCCUCUGAGACCGGACAGCUGCUCUCCUUCUCUUCCCACACCUCCUCCUCUUCCUCCUGCACUUCAUCCUCCUCCUCCUCUGCCAUCACUGCGAUCGCUGCUUCAUCGUCCUCCUCCUCCUCCGCGUCAGCCUCCUCCUCCUCUUGUGCCCCUGAAGACAGAACACUGCUGAAGAACAGCUAAAGUCCUCCUCCCCAUCACGUGAUGCUCGAUUCAUUGAUCCUGUCGGCCUACAAGCCCCGCCUCCCACCUCAGUACACUACAGAGAGGUGAGGAGGAGGAGGAGGAGGAGGAGUGGGAGGGGGGCUGUCCAAUGUAGGAAACGAGUUUGGUUUGUUGUUGAGGACAGCGGCCACAGAAGGAGGAUGAACAUAUUUUGGGGAAAGUUGUUGGUAAUAGUUAAAAACUAGAAUCCCUGAGCAUGUACAUAUUUGUUCUCUGUACAAUUCUGGGUGUGUAUAUAUAUAUAUGUAGUUUACUGUAAAUGACCCUUAACCUUUGAAACAUCAACACUCCUGCCUUCCUCCCCCUUCCUUCUCUCCCUUCUUCCCUCCUUAUGUCCUCCCUUCUACCCAACGACCAGUCAUCAUGCCAGGCAUCCACCUGCUCGUCAGUAGCUGCAGAACAGGGAAAAGUGGAAAAUUGAUGCUUGAUGUUGUCCAGAUUUAGUUUUUGUGGUUUAAAAGAUUACUUUACUCCCCCCAACCCACACUGAAAGUCAUAAACUUGUAGAUUUGUCCCUUUGAAUCGGGUACCAACUUUAAACUGAGGACAGUCUGAUAUUCGUGUCUGAUAGAGAAUGAGCGAUGCGAGUGUAAGUCAGACGCUUUCCCUCUGCUUCCAGUCUUUGUGCUAAGCUAGGCUAAACACAUCUGUGUCUCUAAGUGUCCAUUUUCUCAUCUCAAUCUGAGGGAGUGAGUUGCCCUUACAUGUCACAUUGCCACUCUAAAAAUGCAUCUUUUAUGUAUGGGGUUUGGUACAGUUAGAGAGCCUCUGUGGCUGCCCAUAAGUCCCCCCUCUGUGUGUCCUCAGAGACUCUCAUGUCUCUGUGCAGAAGGAUCGUUCCCCAUUAGGAUGGACGGACGCUGUGCCAUUUUAGUCAACUGUCCCCGAACUCGCUGCAUAUUCAGACCAGCUUCACGUUCACGCGGUGCGGCUCGUUCAAGCUCACAAAGCCAAGAAUCUUCCAGUGACGAUUCCAGUACAGUUUCUGAUCGGCAGCUUUCAGAAACACCUGCAGCUGCAGGUGAAGAUUCAGUAUGACACGUCUGUUCUCUGCGUUCACCGACGGUGAAAAUCCCAGGGUGACGUCUUAACGUGCUGUCAAGGCACAAACCCAAACAUAUUCAGUUUGUUGUCAUGUAAGAUGGAGCGAUGAGCUCGCCGUCGCUGCUCCUGGCGAAGAUGAGCCGCCGCUCAGGCCAAACUGGUGAAGGAUCAGCAGACCAGUCGCACCAGGGGCCCAGAGUUCAUCCCAGCUUUUACUCAUCAGGGCGCCUCUGCUCAAAUUCAUCCUUUAGUGUGGACUUAAUGAAUGUACGCACACACUGUUAGAGGUGUGAGUGUGUGUGUGUGUGUGAUGUAAACCAGUGUUAACAGUGAUGGUAUGAGCCCGGUGUUGGAGGCAAACCAGUAAGCUUUCAGCCUGUAGUUCACCUCCAGACUGGUGAGGGAUCAGAAUCCUGUCGUCGUCCUGGUCCUGUUGUUUCAGACAGAAAGCUAACAGAACCAGAAGUGAACUGAAACAGCAGGACGGACGUGACGCACAGGACGUCUGCCGUGACCACAGCUGCCCUUUCGCUGUACUGAGGCUCGAUGUCCAGAUCUUCCUCAGACGUGUCUGUCGGGUGUGGAUGGAGCUCGGCUCACACUUUGUCCCCGGCCUCCCGUCUUUGUGCUAAGCUACGCUAACUUUCGUGACAUGUAAGACGUCAGACUGUUCCUUUAAAUAUCUCACUGACCGGCGGCCUCAGUAUUUUUGGUUUUCUGGCAGCAUCGCAGGUGAAGUUGUUCAGGUGUGGUUUUGGUUUGAGAUAUUUCCUUUCCUGUUUCCUCCACCGUGCGUGCGAGCGUGCGAUCAGACCGACAGCGCCGGCUGUGUUUGAAACUGAGCCUCAGUGUCUUUAACAUUUGCCUCAGUCAUUCAUCUUCCUCUCUUUGUUUUGUGUCUCUGCUCCCUCCAUCAUCCGUGUGUGUGUGUGUGUGUGUGUGUGUGUGUGUUCAUCACCUCCGAUCAGACGUGAUCGAUCAGGUUUUCUCAGGAGUAUUUUUUUGUUUCUCUUUAAAUCAGGUUGUAAUUUAUUUUGUGCCACAGCAGCAGUCCCCUCCCGCCCAGCACACGUUCCCGCCCUCCAGCCGUCGUCCUGCUGGACUGAUGCUGCUUUGUUUUCUGCGUUAGGACCUUCCUGUGUUUGCUGCUUUGAUGAAUUUGAAUCGGUUUGUUGUGGAGGCCCACUUCUGCACAGGAAAGAAAAAACAUCAAGUGAGGAAUAAUGAAAGUUAAAAGUACUCCAAGUCAAUAUCACAACUUGACAUUUUACUUCAAUCAGAAUCAACAGCAGAAGGACUUGAAUUAGUUUUUUUGUUUGUUUGUUUUAGUUUUCUUGACUAAAAUGGGCUUCUGUUCUCUUCCUCAGGGGCCUCACUUAUGAAAACUGUCAGUCACAUUCUGAAUGUCAUGUCAGGCUCUUUGUUAAAGCCAACUUUUGGCUUUUGAUGAGUCACACGACAGCAACAAAUCUUCCUGAUUUUGGUCAGAAAGAGAAACUUUGUGCACACAGACGUUUUUCAUAAACGACGCCCUGAUGUUUGUGAUGCCGCAGACGUGUGUGUGUGUGUGUGUGUGUGUGUGUGUGUGUGUGUGUGUGUGUGUGUGUGUGUGUGUGGUGGCUGUCCAUCAUGUGAAUCAGUGGCACUGAGGGGAGGGGGAUCAGAAAUAUUCUUUGCAUCACAUCUUGUAUUGCAUUUACCCAACAAAUCAAACAAAUGAUGGACUACAGUUUUUCCUCGUUCCUCCUCUGUCAGGUUCAGGUUCAGGUUCAGGAGGCCCAGGUGUGUGGGCCUCCUUGUACUGGCUAACGGGUUGGUUAGCAUGUCUCACGUUAGCUGGCCGGAUACUCUUAAGCAUUCUGUGACAGUUGCUGCUGCAUUACCUCUGUUGCACUGUACUCAGACAUACUGAAUAACAGUGUUGGCAUUAGAACAUUAGCUAGCAGGCUAUUUAUUAUCAUCUUUCAGUCGUUCACAGUAAUCCAUUUUUUUUAGCUCGUUAGUCAGCUGAAGUAAUGAGAACACCUGUUAGCUAGCUGGUGUUAGCCGGUGGAGGUUGUACAAAAAAAGAAAGAAAACAGAAGAAUGUGAUUACUACUGAAGAAUAAAAAAGAAAUGAAUAUUUAAAAUACAAUUUGGCAAACGAGAAAAAAGUGGGGAAAAGGGACAAUUAAUUUCCCAUAGAUUUGACCUUUUUAAAUACAUGUUAGCUCCGUAGCUCAUUAGCAAGCUCAGAUAACAAGCUAAUGUUAGCGAGCUAACUACAGACGUAAUGGAGCUUUGGAGGUUUUUAGCCGCCACUUCGUGCGGGGCAACCGCGUCAGGUCACGUCUUGCUUCAGGCUAAUCGUGGUGGAGUCACUGCUGCCCUCGGCUGAACGUCCGUGUUAGUAAAAGCUGACGCAGUACAGUGGAGGUAAUGCAUCAUUAAUUCUGCUUCCUGUUCGCUCGUGGAGGUUUUGGACCUGCUGUAGUCCAGGAAAUAAAGUGUUAAUAGUUAGGCCUAAAUUUCUAAUUGCCACGACGUCAUGCUGCCUGCCAGCCAGACGCCUUGUUGUGCCAUAAACACACCAGAUCAACGUUCCACUGUGUUGAACGUCUCAAUGGGUCAGUUUUUCUACUUUAUUUUUUUAUAUUCAGUUGUGAUUUAGUGUUUCUGUUUUUGACUUGUUGUCACGGGGAUCGAUGCCUCGCAUGUUCUGUUGAUGAUGCAUAUCACAGCUUCAGCCUUCACCUAGUGACAGGUGAGGAGAUCAAAUCUGACUGGAUGAUAAUCCCUGACCCCGGAAAGCUCUUAUCCAAUCAGAUGGCCAGACAUAUCUCACCUUCUCUCACCUGCUCUUGUCUAUCUUAGUAAAGAUGCACUGGAUCAUCAUCAUCCUCGCCUCCGCCUUCACCUUUUGCCAAAUGUAGUUUUUGUUGUGAAAAGGGGCAUUUCAUCCCGAUUUUUCUGUUUGCUUUUUUGUUCUUUUUUAUACUUUGUCCGUGACUCUUCCGCUGUGUUGAUGGGGAAAAAAAUGAGGAAGAAGUUGGAACAAAAAGUAAAAAGUGACACAAAAAGACCAACUCAAGGCAGCUACGUAUGAGUGACUACUGUAAAAUGACUAACUAAUAAAGAAGCAAUGGUUUUGUUUUUA